AACCACGGCCUAGCGGCUGCUGAGAAACAGAGAUCAGUGUCAGAACUCAUAGUGCCACAGGUAGGAUCAAAGGAAGAUGACAAGAUCUCAGCAUUGCCCGGGCAACCAAGUGGGGUGAGUUUUGAUCAAUAUUCAGGAUACAUUACUGUUGAUGCUGAUAGAGCCUUGUUCUAUUAUUUGGCAGAAUCGUCUGGUGACCCUUCUACAAAACCUCUCGUUUUGUGGCUAAAUGGAGGACCUGGUUGCUCUUCAUUUGGGGCUGGAGCAAUGACAGAACUUGGACCAUUCCGUGUCAAUAGUGAUGGAAAAACCUUAUGGCUCAACCAAUAUGCAUGGAACAAUGUGGCAAACAUCCUCUUUUUAGAAUCACCUGCUGGUGUUGGAUUCUCUUAUUCUAAUACGUCAUCAGAUUAUGUUACUGGAGACGAAAAGACUAAACAAGAUAGUUUCACCUUUCUCAUUAAUUGGAUGGAAAAAUUCCCAGAAUAUAAACGCCGAGAGUUCUACAUUGUUGGAGAGAGUUAUGCCGGCCACUAUGUGCCUCAACUUGCUCAGAUGAUCUUAUCCCACAAGAAAAUAGAACCCAACCUUGUCAUUAACUUACAAGGAAUAGCUACUGGAAAUGCCCUCAUCGAUGAUGAAACAACGAGUACUGGUUCAUACGACUUUUAUUGGACACAUGCACUAAUAUCAGAUGAAGUCCAUGAAGGAAUUGUCUUGAAUUGUAACUUCUCCGCAGAGACAACCUCGGAAGCUUGUAAUGAGUACAUAAACCAAGCAGUUUCAUGUCGAGGCAACAUAGAUAAUUAUGACAUAUAUGCCCCACUGUGCUAUCCCCAGGCCAAUACUUCCCUUCCCAGAUGUAGAUUUGAUCCAUGCUCGGAUAAUUAUGUAUACUCUUACCUAAACACUGCUGAAGUACAAAAGGCACUUAAUGUCCGAGGAUUACCCUAUUCCUGGGCUCCUUGCAAUUGGGGGAUACACAUAGGUUGGAAAGACUCCCCAGAUACUGUUCUACCGAUCUUUCAAGAGCUCAUGCAAAGUGGAAUUAGAGUCUGGAUAUAUAGCGGAGACACAGAUAAUGUUUUGCCUGUAACGACAACUAGAUAUGCUAUAAACAAAAUGGGAACACCAGUGAAAACGCCAUGGUACCCUUGGAACUUCCAAGGCGAGGUUGGUGGUUAUGCGGUAGAAUACCAGAAUUUGACAUUUGUGACGGUAAGAGGAGCAGGACAUUUUGUUUCAAGCUAUCAACCUGGCCGUGCAUUGACUAUGUUCUCAUCCUUCAUCAAUGGCACAUGUGGAAUAAUUUUGUAACUGCUGGCCAAUUAUGUUCUUAGUUUGAUAUUAAUCCUGUAACAAAAAGAAUUAUAAAUUAUCGAGUGUUGACGAUGUGUGUUUGUCUUUA